GCGACCGAUCCCUCUAUAUAAACAAACUAUUUAGGAAAAUUAGCUGGAAAACGUAUGCUUAGUUUUGCUACUGAGCCUAAAACCUGAAGGGAUCAUGGAUCGUUCAAGUAGUCUGAUCACCUAUUCACCUCAAGCAGGGACGAGAUGAAUAAUGUACUGGAUCGAUGGGAAACUUGCCCAGCUGAUGAAAAAAGACUAGUCAUAUGUCAAUAUCUUGAUGAUGUGAAGAAAAACACUAGUUGCAGGUCAUAUUCCAACCCUGCAGAUUUUGAUGCAGAAGUGGAGACCUUCAAAAAGCUUAAAUUGAAAUUGGAUGCGGACUGGAGAAAACACCAAAAAGCUGUCUCUUUAAUCCAACUCAAAGAACACAGAUUUAUAAUUGGAAUGCUUAAGGUAAGAAGUCUAAUGUGGGACAAGCUAAAGCCUCUUAAACAUAAUUCUAAAAGUACCAAUUGGUUUACAAAAGGUUUUGAAAGCAGAAAGGAAUUUAUGGAAUGUCUCAAAGAAGAGAAGAGAAAGAAGAAGUCCUUAAUCUGGUCUUUGAAGCAAUCUGGAGUUCCAUUUACAAAGAUGAAAAAUUCCAAGAGAAAGAGAAGUGAGGAUUUAUAUUUAACAAAUGAGAACGAAAAAUCUGUUUGGAUUAAGGAGCAGAAAAAAGAAUAUAAGGAUUUAGAAAAGAAACUAAAGUGCGCAUCAGAUGAGGUCUAUGAGUUAUGUGAUUCUGGUGCUGCUUAUUCGCAAAAAGUGCGAUAUAUCUUUGACUACUUGUCGUGGGCAAAACCCAAAAGCUUAGUUCAGUUAUAAUGAAAAAAAGACUGUCAAGCUCAGUAUCAUCCAACUGGGAAAUGGUGAUCAAUGCAGUUAAAUCUCAUCUAAUUUUCGGACUCAUCCAAAAUCUUUCUUCUAUGAUAUAUUAAAACUGUCCAUCGCUCUUGUUGGAAUGGAUUUUCAUCCCGUCGUGGAAGUCUUCGUCUCUGGUUAUGAUUUGGCUGGUUAUUUUUUCGA